GGAGAAUCAAUUUUGGUGUAAAUCGAUUCUGUAGUUGAUACCCUAUUCGAACUUCCGCUUUCCAAUAUUCAUUUGCAAUCUCGGCAACCUGUGCCUCGCUCUGGCCUCGCAGACCGCCGCGCGUGCCGGCUGCUGGCCCAGCAGGCCGAUGAGCACGACUCGUGGGGCGAUCCUGAAGGUCGCGGUGCCUCUGAGCAUCGCCUCCAAUGCGAGCAUGUUCUUGGGGACUUCCGCGUACAUGUACAUUCCGGUGCCUCUGGUGCAGAUUCUCAAGUCUGUCACGCUGGUGGAGGUGAUGGUGAUCGGCUGGCUGAUGGGAACGGAGGAGCCCAGCGCGCUCUUGGCGACAGCCGUGUGUACCAUUGUCGUUGGCAUCUCCUGCUCGGUGGGCUACGGUGGGACAGCAGGUGGUAGCCAAGGCCUUGGGACAUUUGCCUACGGCGUAUUCAUUAUGCUGCUGGCCAGUUCGUCAGAGGCCAUCAAAUCGGUUCUCUCGCAGGUUUCUAUCGAGAGGCUGGCCUUCUUCGAUUCUAUCUACUGGUGCAGCCCCGUCAUGACGGCCAUUGGCUUCGCGCUGUCGGCGGCGCUUGAGCUGCCGACCAUGCUAGGAUCCACGGAGUGGACUCCCAGACUGUUGCUGGCGCUGGCCUCCUCCUUCGUCCUCGGAGGCAUUGUCUCUUUCGCUGGCUUCUGGCUCACUAAGCUGGUCGGUGGGCUGGCCAUGAAGGUGUUGGUGAACGCGCGGAAUGUAGGAUUCGUGCUGUUCUCUGUGGUCGCCUUCGGCGAGGAGUGCACUGCCGCCCAGUACGUUGGCUAUCCCGUUGCGCUGCCGCGCGUAUCUGCCACCGUUGCGUAAUUUGCUUCCGACGCGUCCCGCUGUUAGCCGACCGCUUGCUUGAGCCAGCUCGCAGAUCAACGAA